CAAGAACUUAUCUCCAGAGAUGUUCCAUGGACGGAUGACAUUGACGUAAGCAAGCUGCUGUCCAGUUGAUUGAUCUGAAGUGCACUCAGCUUGAGAGAUAUUUUCUGCAAGGGAGCAGUGUUGGAGUGCCAGCUCUUGGGACAUGGAUCUGCUUAGAGUGAUAGUGGCCUUGCUCUGGGUCUUCUGCUGCCUUGUACAAGGCUUAGGGGAAAGCCAUGUCCACUCCAGCUUUAUUUACAGACGACUGAGGAACCACGAGCGAAAGGAAAUCCAAAGAGAGAUACUUUCCAUCCUGGGCUUGCCCCAUAGACCCAGGCCAUUCUCACCUGGCAAGCAAGCUUCCUCUGCACCCUUGUUCAUGCUGGACCUGUACAAUGUCAUGGCUAACGAGGAAGAGCAUGACAUGUUGGGGUAUACCUUGAGUGGAUCUAUGAUGGAGAGCCGGGGACUGAGAAAGGGAUACCCAUCUGUAGCUAAUGGUUAUUCUCGGAAAGCCCAAGCUUAUCGCACAGCCCCAUUGACCACUCAAAGCCCACCUCUGGCCAGUCUACAUGACACCAACUUCCUCAAUGAUGCUGACAUGGUCAUGAGCUUUGUAAACCUUGUUGAAAGAGACAAGGACUUUUCACACCAACGACGGCACUAUAAGGAAUUCCGAUUUGACCUCACUCAAAUCCCACGUGGGGAAGCCGUCACAGCAGCAGAAUUCCGCAUCUACAAGGAUCGAAGCAACAAUCGCUUUGGGAAUGAAACUUUAAAGAUUAGUAUUUAUCAGAUCAUCAAGGAAAAUUCAAAUAGAGAUGCAGACCUCUUUUUGUUAGAUACUCAGAGAGUCCCUGCCUAUGAAGUUGGGUGGCUGGUGUUUGAUAUUACAGUGACCAGUAAUCACUGGGUGAUUAAUCCGCAGAACAAUCUAGGGUUACAACUAUGUGUUGAAACAUCAGAUGGCCGGAGUGUCAAUGUUAAGUCAGUUGGCCUUGUUGGGAGACAUGGACCCCAGUCAAAGCAACCAUUUUUAGUAGCUUUCUUCAAAGCAAGUGAAGUUUUGCUGCGCUCAGUUAGGGCUGCAAACACAAAAAGGAAGAAGCAAGACAAGAACAAAUCUUCAUCACAGCAAGAUGCAUCAAAAAUGCCUAGUAUUACAGAUCACAACACUAGUGAGCAGAAACAAGCAUGUAAAAAACAUGAACUGUACGUCAGCUUUCGUGACCUGGGUUGGCAGGACUGGAUAAUAGCUCCAGAGGGAUAUGCAGCCUUUUAUUGCGAUGGAGAAUGUUAUUUUCCUCUCAAUGCUCAUAUGAAUGCCACUAAUCAUGCCAUAGUACAAACUCUGGUCCAUUUGAUUUCUCCAGAACUUGUCCCCAGACCAUGCUGCGCACCUACAAAAUUAAAUGCCAUAUCUGUGCUAUACUUUGAUGACAGCUCCAAUGUUAUUUUAAAAAAGUAUAGAAAUAUGGUUGUCAGGUCAUGUGGAUGUCAUUAAAAGUAGAUAUGUGUUUAAAUAUAGAAACACAAGUUACAUCAUUACAUGCAAUGAACUGGUUAGGAAAUAAAACACAUUUCAAUUACACAUCUCAAUAUACAUUUAUAUGUACAGUGUUAUGUAUAUAUUAGAAUUUUGUAAUUUAUUUUUUCAGUAAUAAGAAAAUCACCCUUGUGACAGAAUUCCUUACAGACACA